AUGCUCUAUGUGCUGAGAAUCAAAAAGAAAGAUGGCCUUUUGGCAAAAGUCGUGGCGUACGUCCAUAUCUAUGGUCGGCGGCUACAUCCUGAUUCUGUUCUAAAAGUGGAAACACUAGAGAACAACCAAAUCCAAGGCACCCCCCACAGAUAUACGCCCGAUACACAUCUUUCUGGAUCUUUGAUCCUACUGCAACCAUCGCAUUUUAGCCUUGACCAGCAUCACAGAGAUCUUAAGAUGGCUAUCGAGCUAGAAUCUGAUUCUGAUCUUGCACUCAAAGAGACUUUGCAUCAAAUCCACCUGGGCCGUGCAAAGAUAGAUCUGGACCACCUGGAGUUUGGGGACCCUAACAGAUGCCAGCGCUUCAAUCUGGACUUCUGGAUCCUGGCUGCUGUGAUGCUGGAAUUCUUCUGGCAAAUUUUGCAGUUUAAUGGCUUGCAGUCUCUCCCUGGGGAUAUCAUCCCCCUUCGACUGCCGCCUGGGGUUCGGAUUCCCUGUCUCCGCGGCCGGUUUCACAACGCGUCGCGCCUCUCGGAUGAGGCGUGGAGACUCUGUCGGGAGCAUCAUGAAGACUGCACUGAGGUCAUCAGUGGAGAGAUAUAUCGGAACGUGCGUCACUACCAGCGAACAGGAGACAAGGCCGCAGUAGGCAAGUGGAUCUCGAUGUGGCGGCCAGGCAACCAGCGUGAUUUCUGGCAGCUGGAUGGCCUCUGCCCCCCGGGCCAAAGUUCGGGCCCACGCAUCGCCCGGUCGAUCGAUCCGCAGCUCAAUCGCCUGCUCCGGGUCGCCCUUGACGCGCUGAUCCCGUUCCCGGGACUGUGGUCAACCUGGGUCAACCUUCAUCAGCUUCUCCCGCUGCGGGGCUCCCGGAGAUCCUGGCUAGUUUAUCGAACCCUCAUUCGAGCCGAGCGAGAGGUCCUUCGUCUGAAAGUGAUGCAGAUCCCACAUAUCAUUCCGUCCCUCUACACAUUUCAUCAGGAUGUCAAAUAUCUGGAGCCUGUUUUAAAACUCAUGAGACGGCUGAUGCCGAGGUCGUGGAAAGGUACCAUCGAGAAGGGCCUACGGCGGUGCUACUCUUCUCCACGCGAUAAUGAUGUCCGCAUCCAGACCUCGGAGAACAGUUACCGUCUGGCGGCCGGCAUGCCUGUGGAGUAUGGCUUCUGGUCGGCUUACAGGCAGGUAUUUCUUGCCGGGAUGCGUGACUUCUUUGGCCUUGUCCCAAACUUCCAGCCCAUUGGGAUGCACAAAGUUCCACCGAGAACAAGACAGCCUGAUUCGCAAGUGCUCUGGGGCCGUUUUUCUGAGCUGGCCAGGUCGGUUGGGUUCCUGGUCCCGAGACUGCAGGGCGGCGUCCCGGCCCCGGUGGCCCUGGAUGCCCGUCCGAUCGCCCGGCCCCUAUUGACCACAGAUGAGGAUUUGGGAGAAUGGUCCGUCCGCUCCUGCUGUGGAAUGACCGAUGGAAACUCAUUCUUUUCAGACCAGAAGUAUCUAUAUCUUGACAACAUCUACUCCCCUCCUCCGUACGAGCCGGCUGAGUGGCUCACUUCCUUUGCGGUCAAGCGAGAUAUUUUCCUUGCCUUUUUUCCGCCUUUCACUGAAGCAGGGUGUCUGAGUGCAUCAAGCCCGCAACCAGCAGAGUGGAAUGUGGAAACAAGAGAUCAAAUGAAUCCUCUACAGCCGCCAAACCCACCAAUACCGCCAGCUCAUACUGUGACCCAGUCACAGACAGAACCAAUACUUGAUUUCUCUGACCAAUUGCUUGUUGAAAAUCCAGCACACAUCAACACAAACAUGGACCAGCCUUCUAUAUCAGUACCCCCUGUUGAGAUAAAUAUGGACCGCCCUCGCUCAUUAGAACUUGCUGCAGACACAAAUCCGCCACCUGUUGACACAAAUAUAGACCAGCCUUCCAUAUCAGCACCCCCUGUCAAGAUAAACAUGAACCGCCCUCACUCAUUAGAACUUGCUGCAGACGCAAAUCCUCCACCUGUUGACACAGACAUGGACCAGCUUUUCACAUCAGCACUCCAUGACAACGCAAAUGUAUCCGGAACCGUGAGCCAGGGUGUUGUGGCCCGCCAGCCACUUGAGAUUGUGAAGCAGGAUCAUUUAUGCUGUUGGGUCCGGGUUAAUGUUGAGCCGCAGCAAGCGCUAUCUUGACUAUGUCAGCCUGGAGAAAUACAAGUGAGUUGCAGAAGUGACCCGGGGGGGCAUGUCUGUCAUUCCACCCAAUCAGAUUGGUUCACUUUUGCAAGAUGAGACCUUGUUUGCAUUUGGAUGUGAAGAGCAAUUCAACACAGACAUGCUCACACUUGGUUCACAAUCAUCUGACCUAGAUAGAACUGUAGUGUAUGAUGAGAUGGGGAAGACAUGGAAGCUAGAGAAACAACUCUGAUCAAGCAUAUAUCUAGCAAUGAUAACUGUGCGCAAUCCUCCUAUAAGGGGGGCGGUUGAAAAGAUCUUC